AUGGACGAGAAAAAAUUACAAGAACUGUUGAAAUUGCUUCAAAUGAACAAUGGAGACUUAAGCAAGUUAAACGAACAACAACGUAAAGAAAUGAAGGAUUACAAGUUCUGGAAAACACAGCCGGUGGCCUCUUUUGAUGAAGAUAUCAAGACUGAAGGACCAAUUGAUAAAGCUAAGAAACCAGAAGACAUCCCAGCUUCUCCAUUACCUCUAUUAAACGAAUUUGAAUGGUCUACCAUAGAUAUUAAUAACCAAACUGAACUGGAGGAUGUUUUUUUGCUAUUGAAUGAAAAUUAUGUGGAAGAUAAGGAUGCUGCUUUUAGAUUUAACUACACCAAGGAUUUUUUUAAUUGGGCUUUGAAAGCGCCAGGUUGGAAGGAAGAAUGGCAUGUUGGUGUUCGUGUUAAGAAAAGUGGGAAAUUGAUUGCCUUCAUUUCAGCAAUUCCAAUUACUUUAAAACUUAGAGAAAAUACUAUCAAGAGUGUGGAAAUUAACUUUCUCUGUAUUCAUAAACAAUUAAGAGCUAAGAGAUUAGCACCUGUCUUAAUCAAAGAAAUCACAAGAAGAGUGAACAGGCACAAUAUCUGGCAAGCAUUAUAUACUGCAGGUACUGUUUUACCAUCUCCUGUGAGUACUUGUCGUUACACACAUCGUCCUUUGAAUUGGUCGAAGCUGUAUGACGUUGGGUUUACUGAUUUACCACCAAAUCAAACUAAGACAGAUAUGCUUGCACACUUUGCAUUACCUAAGACCAAUAAGGUAGCAGGCUUAAGGCCCAUGGAACCCAAAGAUAUCGAAGAAGCUUAUAAAUUGUUUGAAAAGUAUCAAUCUCGAUUCGAUCUUGUCCAAUUAUUUACAAAGGAGGAAUUCUCUCAUUGGUUCCUUGGUAACGUGGACGAAAAUAAGCAAGAAAAGGAUUUGGAGAAGAAAAUCGUCUUUUCUUACGUUGUGGAAGAUAGUAAAUCGGGCAAAUUGACGGAUUUCUUUUCAUUUUAUUCUUUACCAUUUACUAUUUUGAAUCACCCAGGACACAGCGAACUUGGUAUCGGAUAUCUAUACUACUAUGCUACGGAUGCCGACUUCUCAUUUGAAGAUAGGUUUAGCAAUGAUGCUACCGCAGCAUUAAGAAAAAGAUUAGAUGAAUUAAUCGGUGAUGCUAUUAUUUUGGCCAAGAACGUUAAGAUGGAUGUCUUCAAUGCAUUGACUUCUCAAGAUAACACUUUAUUCUUGGAAGAUCUUAAAUUUGCUCCAGGUGAUGGUUUCUUGAACUUCUACAUUUUCAACUACAGAGCAUUCCCAAUUACAGGGGGGCUUAAGGAAAAUAAGGCUUACGAUCCAGAGAAACGUAGUAACAUUGGUGUUGUAAUGCUGUAG